AUGGCGGACCGAAUUUAUGUUCCCGUAGUGGACUCAAAUGAAAUUGUUGCAAUUGAUCUAUCGCAAGUGCCGGAGAACGCGGAGGAACUGCUCGAUCUGCUCGUUUCCGAGGCUGCUCCACUUAGCACAUGGUUUGAUUGCGCCAGAGCAUAUCUCCAGCAGGGACGGUUGGAUGGGUUCGACCUCAUAUACGAAACAGCGACCAGCGAGGAGACGGCAGUCGAAGUAGAGCGGUACUUUGGCCAGAAGCCUACAUACGAGCGAAUCCUUUUUUUUACAGCAAAAGCAGCAGUGUUAAUAGCACAGGCACGUGAUGAGAAGACGGCUGACAGCAAGGCGAGGCUUUUAUCGGACGCCCGCAAGCUCAUUACGCAGGCCGGCACGCUGGACCAGAAUGAGCAGUUGGUGCACCUCUCCAGUGGACUGCACUUCCUAGCCAGGGGCGACCUCCAGAACGCCUCCCGCGAUUUUAAGCGAGCCGCCACCUGCCGCAACAACGGCCGCGCUAACGUCAUCGGCUACCUCGCGGUGGCCGGUCUGGCCUACCAGCAGCAGCAGUACAAGGAGGCGAUGUCCUACUACCGUGCCGCGCUGCGGGACUUCCCCGGCUCGGGGUGCCCGGCGGAGGUGCGAUUGGGCAUUGCUGCGUGCGCCUUCAAGCUGGGUGACCUAGCCACCGCGCGGGCGGCUUAUCGUCGGGGUCUGGCUGACUGUCUUCGUCACCUGCUGACGGCCUUCCAAUUACACCCGGGUCAUGCUUGCGCGCUGGACAAGCGCAGCCCGCUUCCCCGGCUGGGUAUGGCCCAGACGUACUGCGCAGCGGGUCAGCUGGUGAAUGCGGCCACGGAGCUGGAGGAGGCUCUCAAGGCGGCACCCGCUUUCUAUGACGCACUCAAGAUUCUGGGGCAGCUGCUGCCAGCCCUGAACCGCGACGGCGCUGGUGCACCGACCCGCGGGUCAUCCUCUGCCGACGGUAGCAGCCGCCUUGCUGCCACGGUUGCCAUGUUGAAGGACGCCACGUCCAAGCAACCCAACGAUGCGGAUAUGUGGGAGAUGCUGGGGGAGCUGCUGGCGCCGACUGACCCCGCGGGUGCGCUGGCGGCUUACAAGAAAGCACUCGACGCGCACGCUGCCGUGCAAGCUGGCAUUGACAAGCGUCGUGCGGUGCAGGCGGAACGUGUCGCUGCGCGGCGCGCCGCCGUAGAGGCGCGGCGGCGCGAGCGGCGGGAGCAGCGAGCGGCGCGGGAUGAAGAGCGGCAGCGGCGACGCGAGGCCAGGCAGGCCAAGCAACAGCGCAAGCAGCAGCAGCGGGACGGGGAGGACGUGGAUAUGGACAAUCUGUUUGGCUCGGACGACGAGGAGGAUGUGGGUGGCGAGGAGGAGGAAGAGGUGGAGCGUGCAGCGGCCGAGGCGGAGGAGGAGGCGGAACAGCAGGAGUUGGCAGCACAGCUGGCGGAAGAGGGCGAGGAGGAGGAGGACGAGCCCGUUCCCGACCACAUCAUCCCUGCCCGCCUGCUCAACAACGCUGCCGUACUGCAUUACAGGCAAGUCGAGGCUGGUGAUGUGAGUUCCGCCAUGGCUUUGCUGCGGCGGGCCCAAGACGCCAUGUCUCGCGGGGCGGAUGGGUGUGGGGGGGUGAGCUCCCACAUGCACCUGGCCACACUCACAUUCAACCGGGCUCGACUGAUGGAGGCCAGCGGGGAGUACAAGGCCGCGGCGCAGCUGUACAAGGACGUGCUGUCCGAGCACGGCACCUACAUCGACUGCUACCUGCGGCUAGCGUGUAUAGCCAGGGCCAAGGGGAGCCACAAGGAGGCGCUGCGAUAUGCGCAGUCGGCUCUGGAUGUGGAGGGCGGCCAUGCGGACGCCCUGGCGCUGAUGAGUCAGCUGCACAUGGAGAGGAGGGACUACGAGGCGGCGGGGCGGACUCUUAUCCAGUUGCUCCAAGAUGACGGCAGCAAGCGGGACGUGUACGGCCGCAUCGGCUACGCCAACACCUACCUGUACACGGCCCCGCGGGACAGGAGGGAGGACUCGGCCAAGAAGGCGGAGGCGCGGUUCAGCAAGGCCCUGGAUGAGUAUCGCUCCGUGCUGGAGGCCGACCCACGUAACGUGUGGGCCGCCAACGGGUGCGGGGCAGCGCUGGCGGAGCUGGGCUACCUGGAUGCGGCGCAGGUGUACGCGUCCAUGGCUCUGUCGGAUGGCUUCCUCACCAUCCCUGAUGUGCUCAUCAACCUGGCGAACGUGCACCUGGCAAGAUGCGACUACCAGGAUGCCGUACAUCUGUACCGUACGGCACUGGAUAAGCUGGAGCACAAGCACCAUCCGCAGGUGCUGCUGUACCUGGCACGUGCCUUGUACGACAGCAACAAGCUGAACGAGGCUCAGUCUUGUCUCAAGCGAGCCAUCCACCUGGCGCCCACCGACUACAAGCUCAGAUUUAAUUAUGCGCUGACCAUGCAGGAGUGGGCUGUCCGCAGCUUCCGCAAGGAGCGCCCCCCCGGAGACCCCACCAAGCUACCCGACCUGCAGCGGGCGGAGCUGCUCCUCAAGGAGGCUCACCGCCACUACGAGCACCUCAAGGUGCUGGGCAGGGAGCGGAGCGGGCUGGAUGAGGUCAAGCUCACGGCGCAUGUCAGCUUCUGCGCGGCGCAGUUGCGAAAGACUCCGGACCUGUUGGAGGCGGCUGCCAAGGAGGACUACGAGGCGAGGCUGCGGCGCCACGAACAAAUCAAGAUGCGCGAGGCCGCGGAGGCGGAGCGACAGGCGGAGGAGCUGCGGAAGCAGGCGGAGGAGGAGGAGGCGAGGAGGCGGCGGGACGCCAUGGCACGUGCCGCGCAGGAGAAGCUGGAGAUGCGGAAGGCUGAGUGGCGGCAGCAGGCGGAGCUGAUGGCGGAUAUGGAGGGCGACGGGGCAGGUGGCCGAGAGGCGGCUCGCAAACGUCGGCGCGGAGAGGGCGGCUCGGGCAAGAAGCGCAAGGACAAGGGCGGCCGCAGUGGCGGCAAAGGCGGCAGGGACGACGCGUUCGGGGAUGAGGAAGAGGAGGCGGUGGUGGGCACCGAGCCAGGGGAGGAGGAGCCAGACUAUGACGAGGCGCGGCGUGCCGCCGGGCUGCCGAGCGACGAUGGCGACGACGGCGAUGGCGGCGGCGGCGGCCGCUCAGGGAGUAAGCGCCGCCGGCAGCGCCUGCGGGCCGCGGCGGCAGCGGCGGCCGAUGAGGAUGCUGGUGGGGCAGACGCAGCGGCCGGGCUGGAGGAUAUCGAGGACGAGCCGGGUGGUGAGGGAGCUGCAGGGGUUGGCGAGGCGGAGGGCCACGAGGAGGAGGAGGAGCUGCAGGACGUUGGCGAGGGCGAAGUCAUGGAGAUCGGGAGCGAACGCGGGAAGCGCAGCAGGCGCGGCGCAGCAGCGCUGGAAGAGGACGAGGAUGAGGAGGGCGGCGAUGGGGCAGGCGGGAAGGGGUCGGAGCGGGGAGCGGACGGGGAAUCUAACCCGCAGAACCUUCACCGAGACUUGUUCGGCGAUGAAGAUGACGAUGAGUGAUAAGAAAAAGGAGCGUCUGGGCUGGCUGGCUUCAAGAGCUGUCUUGUUAACCUGGUUUGGCAUCGCGCACAUGGCCACCAUUUGAACCCAAGACCGUUGCGCGUUGGGGAUUUGUCCUCCACCUCUGACCUCAUGACUGAGGAAGAUAUUUCCCCGUAAUACCUUGUUUACAGGAUUGCCACUGGAAGACUAAUGGGGCCAUGGGAACCUGCCAGGAAGAUGUGCUAAUGCGGUCGUGUUGAUGCUGCUGCGGCACAGGAAGCUGCGUUGGGUUGCGUGGACACUCCCGGUAUUGGGGCGCCUUGCGAGGCUGGGGCGAUGUGCUAUAGGGGGUGGGCGCCGCUGCCUAGGCAGCACCUCCCUCGCCACCCCGCAUCGAGCUGGCCGCAACGAUGUCAGGAUAGACAUAUUUUCUUACAUAAUUAUCGAGCGAUAUUACAGUGCGGACUGGUUGUUAUGCCCGCGCGUUGCUUAGACCAGGGACGGUCCGAAAAGGUCUCAAUGCGAGUCCCCUGCCAUGGCCGGAAAGCAGUAAAAACCCUAAACCUCACAGACACAUUCCUGCCGAGCACUUCGAAAGGAAGACCCUAGACACGGCCUGCAUCCGGAGCUAGGAUGGUCACUGGUAGUAGCCACAAACGUGGGGAAGUACGAAUCAGGCCAACGCGAACGCGUCUUUCACUAAAUCUAUCACUUAGCCUCAACCCCUCCUCAUACGGCCCAGCGCCCUCUCCCUCGCGGGGGAGGACACAAAUCAGCCUAUUAGGUAGACGAGCCAAUAAUUCG